CGGUCCCGUUCUGCCGGCCCCAGCCGCAGAGCGGAUCCGCCACCUCGGGUCCGGGAGGGAGGAGCCGAGCCGAGCCGAGCCGAGCCGAUCGAGCUGGCGGCGGGGGCCAUGGCGGGUGGGGACGGCCGGGAAGACGGCGAGGCGGCUGUGGUCACGGUGAGGGUGCAGUACUUGGAGGACGCUGACCCCUUCGCCUGCGCCAACUUCCCGGAGCCCCGCCGGGCCCCCACCUGCACCCUGGACGGGGCGCUGCCGCUGGGCGCCCAGAUCCCCGCUCUGCACCGACUGCUGGCGGCGCCGCUCAAGCUAGAAGAUUGUGCCCUGCAAGUGUCCCCGUCUGGCUAUUAUCUGGACCCAGAUUUGUCCCUGGAAGAGCAGCGCGAGAUGCUGGAAGACUUCUAUGAAGAGAUUGGCAAAGGGAGGAAGCCCACCCUCCUCCUUCGCACCCAGCUCUCCAUCCGAGUUCAGGCCAUCCUAGAGAAGCUCUACCGAUCCAGCGGCCCGGAGCUGCGGCGCUCGCUCUUCUCCCUGAAGCAGAUCUUCCAGGAGGACAAGGACCUGGUCCCGGAGUUUGUGCACUCCGAGGGCCUGAGCUGCCUGAUCCGGGUGGGGGCCGCUGCGGACCACAACUACCAGAGCUACAUCCUCCGAGCCCUGGGCCAGGUGAUGCUGUUCGUGGACGGGAUGCUGGGAGUGGUGGAACACAGCGAGACCGUUCAGUGGCUCUACACGCUCUGUGCCAGCAUGUCUCGCCUGGUGGUGAAGACCUCCCUGAAGCUCCUUCUGGUGUUUGUGGAAUAUGCAGAGACUAAUGCCCGGCUCUUCAUCCACGCUGUCAACGCUGUUGCCAAUGCCACUGGUGCCUCCCCGUGGGCCACCUUCGUGUCUAUCCUGGAGGAGAAGAACGGCGCCGACUCAGAGCUGCUGGUGUUCACCAUGACGCUCAUCAACAAGACGCUGGCGGCCCUUCCCGACCAGGACUCCUUCUACGACGUGACGGACGCGCUGGAGCAGCAGGGCAUGGAGGGCAUCGUGCAGAAGCACCUGGGCAGCCCGGGCACAGACGCCGACCUCAGGGUGCAGCUCGUCCUGUAUGAGAGCGCCCUGCGGCUGGAGGACGGGGACCCCGAGGAGGGGGUGCCGGGCGUGCGGCGAGAGCGCAGGAAGCCGGCGUCAGAGGAGGGGAAGAGGAGCCGGCGCUCCCUGGAGGGCGCGGGGCCUGGCCACGUCAGCUCCCCGGCCAGGGCGAGCUGCCCGAUCCUGCCUCUGCCCAGGUCUCCCACGGAAGCGUCCCCUCGCCCUGUAGGCCCAGCCCCCUGCCUCAGUUCCUCAGUGGUCCUGUUCCCCAGCCCCACUGUGGUCCCCCCUACAGAAGCACCGGGUGAAAGAAGCAUCUAUAAACUCCAUCAAACUGUUCCUCUUUGGGCCCCUGAGAGCCCUGCCAUGCCGGGGGUCCCGAGGGUCCCACCCGUGCUGAGCAGGUUGGAAGCCCGUUUCCUGGAGAACGUGGCGGCAGCCGAGACCGAGAAGCAGGCUGCCCUGGCCCAGGGUCGGGCUGAGGCCCUGGCCGGGGCCGUGCCGGACGAGUCUGAUGGACACCCAGACCCCCGAGAGCUGUGGAGCACCCCAGAGCCAGAGCCCCCGCCCCGCACCCCCAGCAGCCCGAGAAGCCCCCUGCCCCGGUCCCUGAGCCUGGCCCAGCGAGGCCUGGAGUCGGAGGUCCUGGCAGCAGAGGCUAAGGUCCCCACGGAGCCGCUCAGCCCCCAACCUUCCCUCCGCAUCGGAGACUUGGAUUUCUCCGACCUGGGGGAGGAUGAAGACCAGGACUUGUUGGCCCCCGAGGCCCCCGGGGCUGGAGGAGAUGUCCCAGCCCCGCCGCCCCUCCCUGGGAACCCUCCACCGCCACCCCCUUUGCCCCCAGGAUGCCCUCCCCCCCCUCCGCCCCCGCCCCCACUCCUGGGGGGGGCGCCCCCGCCUCCUCCACCCCCCGGGCUACCCCCCCCUCCCCCAGGGCCUUCCACCAUCGACGGCCCCGCCCCUCCCAAGAGGAAGACGGUGAAGCUGUUUUGGCGGGAGCUGAAGCCCGGAAAGGGGGUCAAAGGGACGGGCCGGUUUGGCCCCAGCCCCACCUUAUGGGCCUCCCUGGAGCCUGUGACUGUGGACACGGCAAAGCUGGAGCACCUGUUUGAGACAAGAGCCAAGGACGUGAUGUCCAACAAGAAAGCUGCCGAGGGCCGGAGGACGAUGACCACGGUGCUGGACCCCAAGCGCAGCAACGCCAUCAACAUCGGCCUGACGGCGCUGCCCCCCGUGCACGUCAUCAAGGCCGCCCUGCUGGGCUUCGACGAGUUUGCUGUCAGCAAGGACGGCAUCGAGAAAUUGCUGACAAUGGUGCCUACGGAGGAAGAACGGCAGAAGAUCCAGGAGGCGCAGGCAGCCAACCCGGACAUCCCCCUGGGCCCAGCCGAGAGCUUCCUGUUGACCCUUGCCUCCAUUGGCGGCUUGGCGGCCCGGCUCCAGCUGUGGGCCUUUAAGCUGGAUUAUGAGACCAUGGAACGGGAGAUUGCAGAGCCGCUGUUUGACCUGAAGCAGGGGAUGGAACAGCUGGUCCAGAACCCCACGUUCCGCUGCAUCCUGGCAACCCUCCUGGCGGUGGGCAAUUUCCUCAACAACUCCCAGAGCAGCGGAUUUGAGCUGAGUUACCUGGAGAAGGUGUCCGAGGUGAAGGACACGGUGCGCAGGCAGUCCCUGCUCUAUCAUCUCUGCACCCUGGUGCUCCAGAGCCAGCCCGAGUCCUCCGACCUCUACUCGGAGAUCCCCGCCCUCACUCGGUGCGCCAAGGUGGACUUUGAGGUCCUGGCCGAGAACCUGGAGCAGCUGGAGCGGCGGAGCCGGGCGGCCGAGGAGCACCUGAGGAGCCUGAGCAAGCACGACCUGACGCCGGCCCUGCGCGCCCGCCUCACCCACUUUCUAAGCCAGUGUGCCCGGCGCAUCGCCAUGCUCAAAGUGGUGCACCGGCGCACGUGCAACAGGUUCCGCGCCUUCCUGCUCUACUUGGGGUACCCGGCAGAAGCGGCCCGGGAGGUGCGCGUGAUGCCCUUCUGCCAGACGCUUCACGAGUUCGCCCUGGAGUACCGCACGUGCCGGGAGCGAGUCCUCCAACAGCAGCGGAAGCGGGCCACCUACCGCGAGCGCAACAAGACCAGGGGGCGCAUGAUCACCGAGACAGAGAAAUUCUCUUCGGUGGCCGAGACCUCAGGGCUGCUGCCUGUGCCGGUGGCGGUGGGCAGCGGGCCGGGUCAGGGGGACAAGGACACCGACGUCACCAUGCGGAGCCUGCUGACCAGCGGGUCCGAAGCCCCCACCCACAGUCGAAGGAGCCGAGGCCUGGCCCCCAACAGUUCCUCAGCAGCGGCCCCGGCGGCCCCCCCAGAGGAGCUCCCAGGCUCCAGCUCUCCCCCUGACGCCUCAGAUGAGAUCAUGGACAGACUGGUGCAGUCCGUGACCCGGAGCAGCCCUCGGGCCCUGGCUGCCCGGGAGCGAAAGCGCUCUCGGGGCAACAGGAAGUCCUUGAGAAGGACUCUGAAGGGCGGCCUUGGUGAUGACCUGGUGCAGGCAUUGGGACUGAGCAAAGGGCCUGGCCUGGAGGUGUGAGAGGGGGCAGUGCCUACUACCUCCCCCUCCAGGAGCCUCCCAGAGCAUGGCUUCAACUCCAGGGGGGUGGAGGGGGCAGUGAGGGAGAAGAGGUGGAGAGUCUGGGGGCCCGGGGCCUGAACAGUAUUACUUGUAAGUCUGUGUGUUGUGUGUGUGUGUGUGUGUCUGUGUGUGGUUGUGAGAGAGCCAUUCCUAGCCUAGGAGAAUAAAGGUAUUCCUUAACCAA